CUCUAUUGACCCUGAGGUAGGCAGACAUGGACUGGAGAUGCUAUAGAGGAAGAGUUGUCUUAGAGACCCUGCAUCUCUUUCCUGCAGAAAUUGCCUUCCCAGAUGUACUCGACACUAAUCUUUACACAUUCUCUCCAUUGUAUAAACUGCAAAAAAUGAAGAUGCACAGAGGAUAGGCUGGAGUUCUCUUCCCCAUUCUGGGUUUCAAUGUCAUUAGAGUAGGGAUGGGUGAAAAGAUCUGGGUUCUCAUAUUUUUAAAUUCCUAUUUUUUUCUCUUUCCACAGAUAUGUCCAACGGAAGAAUAGCCUCAGGAAAUGACUCCUCAGUGACUGAGUUUAUCCUGCUGGGAUUAACUCAACAGCCAGAACUGCAGCUGCCUCUCUUCUUCCUCUUCCUGGGAAUCUAUGUGGUCACUGUGGUGGGGAACCUGGGUUUGAUUGUUCUGAUUGGUCUGAACCCUCACCUGCACACUCCCAUGUACUACUUCCUCUUCAAUCUGUCCUUCAUUGAUCUCUGCUACUCCUGUGUCAUAAGUCCCAGAAUGCUGGUGAGUUUUGUGAAACAGAACAUCAUCUCCUAUGCUGAGUGCAUGACUCAGCUCUUUUUCUACUCCUUUUUUGUAAUUGAUGAGUGCUGUAUCUUGACAUCAAUGGCCUAUGAUCGGUAUGUGGCCAUCUGCAAGCCCCUGCUGUACAAAGUCACCAUGUCCCUUCAGGUCUGCCUCAUGCUAACAGUAUGGACAUUUGUAAUGGGGUUUGCAGGUGCUGUGGCCCACACUGCAUGCAUGCUGAGACUCACUUUCUGUGACAGCAACAUCAUCAAUCAUUUUGCAUGUGACAUCCAUCCACUUCUCCAGCUCUCCUGCACAAGCACCUACAUCAAUGAGCUGGUGGCUUUCAUUGUGGUGGGAAUCAAUGUAACAGUGCCCAGUCUCACCCUCUUUGUUUCUUAUACUCAGAUCCUCUCCAACAUCCUCCGCAUCCAUUCUACCCAUGGCAGGUCCAAAGCCUUCAGUACUUGCAGUUCACACAUAAUUGCUGUUUGUCUCUUCUUUGGAUCUGCAGCAUUCAUGUUCCUAAAGCCUUCUCAUGCUGAGUCUCUGCCUCAAGAUAAAGUACCCCCUAUUUUUUAUACCAUUGUGGGGCCAAUGAUGAAUCCUUUCAUCUAUAGCUUGCGGAACAAAGAUGUCCAUGUUGCACUGAGUAAGACUUUGAAGAAAAGCAUCCUUUUUAAAUCAUAGCUGUGUUUUUGUUACAGAUUCCAAUUCCUAAUAAGGGCACAUUACAUAUAAAUUCAGAGAGAGAAGAGUAAACAAUCCAAAUAAAAAUGCAAAUGAUUUAAUGAUAUGAAAAAUAAUUAGUUGUAGGUAUCAUUCACAACUCAAGAAAAUGAAUGUAAAAGGAGUAUUAGACCUUCAAUCAUUCAGAGAGAAUUUGUAGAACAGUUCCUCCUAUUAUUCUCCAGCUUCCUUUAAGUAAUUAUGGUGUUAUUAGGAGGAAAAGCUGGAUGACACUAACUUCUAGGGCCUCAGGGUUGGAAUAUAGAUGCUGGGUCAUGCUAUACAUUAACUGGAACAAUAUUCCUACAAGUGUUUUAUGAUGCAUUGUGGAGAAAUUUUUCCCUUUCACCAAAUAGAUUUUAAAAUCUUAAUUCACCAUCAGUCAUAUUUUCUCUGUAUUAUUAUUGUUUAU